AUGCAUCUUCUUAAGACGUUCGCCUUCCUCCCCCUUAUUCCUCUGGCCCUCUCCUCUCCAGCCCUUUCCAAGAGAGACGAAGCAUCCGUCCUCACCGGCAUCCAAAAGAUCGCAAACGCGACACUCACACUCAACAACACCGUCGCUAGCUACCCCGGCGGCAUUGAAGGCACAAUCACCGCCGUCGAGAUCCUCGCCGAUUCUUUCGCGGUCAUUAAUGCAAUUGUCAGCACAACCAACGACGCAAAACACUCUGCCAACUUCACUGAUGCAGAAUCGGAGUCCAUCGCCGAAGCGUUUAUUGGUUCUCUCGUGCCGGUAGUCGAGUCCAGCCUGACGACCAUCGAGGGCAAGAAAGCGGAUUUCGAGGAUGGAUUGCUUGGUAUUGCUAGUUUGACGGGUUUGGUGGAGACGAUUCUCAAGGAGCUCAAGAGCGAUAGUGAUAAAUUGGCGGCUGCAAUUGUUGCAAAGUUGACUCCUAUUUGGGCUGGAGUGGCGCCGCUGAUUGUGGCUCAGAUUGAUGAUGCUUUUAAUACUGCUAUCACAACUUAUGCUUCUUGA